AUGGAUUCUAAUGCUGCUGCUGCUGCUGCUGCUGCUGCUGCUGCUGCUGCUGCAGCAAGAGCAGCAGCAGCAGGAGCAGCAGCAACAUCAGCAGCAGCAACUGCAGCAGCAGCAGCAGCAAGAAGCCGAGAAGCUGUAGACGGCACGGCUUUAACCAGCUGCAGCAGCAACCGCUGCAUUGAAGCAGCAGCAGCAGCACCAAGAGCAGCAGCAGCAACAGCAGCAGCAGCAGCAGCAGCUGCUGAUGCUGCUGCUGCAGCAGCAGCAGCAACAGUCGCUGCUUGA